AUGCAAUACACACCAUUUGCCUCCGACAUAGAGCUUCCGUUCUACAGUGCGCUGGCGUCGCUGAAGAUCAAUCAUGACAAGCUCGACGACUCCGCGCGUAAAGUCCUGGGGCUCUACGAGGUUCGCCCGGUAGACCCUCCGAAUGCCUCUUGUCGGAUGCAAAUACAUGCAAGUGCCCUGACUAGCGAUGAGGUGCCCACAACCCUUUACCGCGCCGAAGGAAUCAUAAAGAAUGUCAACACCAUAGAAGAGUAUUCAAACACUGACAAAGUGGGAAUGCUCCAGCAGUCCGGGAAAACGAUCUGGGAUGCCAUCAACGACGGCACCAUCUAUUCCUGCCCUUCUCUCCUAUCUUCAUUCAUCAUCCUAUCAUACGCGGACCUGAAAAAGUACAAAUUUCAUUACUGGUUCGCAUUCCCUGCCAUUCAUUCCGACCCCCCCUGGGUACCCAUCGGGGUGGCGGAUAAGGGAGCAGACCCGAGCUCCGUUGGGACACGACAUGCACAGCCCAAGAGUCUCGCGAGCACCGAGAACUCAGCCCUUAUUGAUUCAGUACAAGUUUGGUCUGAAGAGGUUGACGCACGCCAACGAGGGUUCUUUUUGGCUCGAAGGAUUAAAGCCGACAACAGUGAUGGUGUUUCCUGGAACAUUGCCCCGCUUUCUAGCUUUGAGGACGGCUUCUUCAAAGGCGCAGCCCCGGAGGACUGUUUCACCUGCUUCGUUGAUCCUUCAAAUUAUGAUGAGGCGCCUGGCUGGAUGUUGCGCAAUCUACUGGUCCUGGCGAGGCGACGGUGGAAACUUUCAAAGAUACAGAUCAUGCGCUACCGUGAAGGGCCGUCUCAGCGAGAUCAUGGCCGCAGCCUCGUGAUGACACUCGCAUUGAAGGGAUCAGGAGCCCCAAAGCCCAUCGAAAUAUGCGACGCGAAAGACGAAUUGCCCAAGGUCACCGGGUGGGAGCGAAAUCCGGCAGGCAAGCUAGCAGGGAGAUUCGUCGACCUCACAGAAUACUUAGAUCCAAAGAGACUCGCCGACCAGUCCGUUGACCUCAAUCUCAAGCUAAUGAAAUGGCGGAUUAGUCCUAACCUAGAGCUUGAGAAGAUCAAGGGUACAAAAUGUCUUCUACUUGGAGCUGGGACCCUCGGAAGUUAUGUUGCUCGGAAUUUGAUGGCCUGGGGAGUAAAAGAAAUCACAUUCGUAGAUAGCGGAACUGUUUCUUUCUCCAACCCCGUACGGCAGCCACUCUUCAAUUUCACAGACUGUCUCGGCGGCGGCGCGAAGAAAGCCCUACGGGCGUCCGAAGCCCUGGCAGAGAUCUAUCCGGGGGUCAAAUCUGAGGGCCAUGUGCUCUCCGUACCAAUGGCCGGCCACCCUGUAUUGGACACGGAAAAGACACGAUUAGAAUUCGAAAAGCUCAGGAAGCUCAUAGACGACCAUGAUGCGAUCUUCCUCCUAAUGGACACACGAGAGUCCCGCUGGUUGCCGACAGUAAUGGGAAAGGCCGCGGGUAAAAUUGUCAUGAAUGCAGCGCUAGGGUUCGAUACAUUCGUUGUUAUGCGACACGGUAUUGCGAAUGACAAAAAUCCGGGGCAAGAACUAGGAUGUUACUUUUGCAACGAUGUCGUUGCUCCCAUGAAUUCCCAAAAGGACCAAACACUCGAUCAACAAUGCACAGUUACACGACCCGGAGUAGCCGCUAUAGCUUCGGCUCUUUUAGUCGAGCUGCUUGUCUCAGUCCUCCAACACCCCCAAGGCGCAGCUGCAAGGGCACCACAACCCCAGGAUCGCGACCGACACGACCACCCUCUUGGUGUCGUGCCGCAUCAGAUCAGAGGGUUCCUCUCCACAUUCGAGAAUGUCUCUGUGGUUGGGCGGAGCUACAAAUGCUGUAGCGCGUGUUCCGGGAACAUCAUCAACGAGUACAGGAAAGAAGGGUGGAACUUUGUGCAAAGAGCGCUGAACGAAACGGGUUAUGUCGAAGAACUGAGUGGCCUUAAAGAGGUUCAAGAAACUGCAGAAGCGACGUUGGCCGACAUCGAGUGGGACGAGGAUUCUGAACUAAUGGAGACAUCACGAACUGAAGACUCAGCAUGA